AUGGCUAUGGCAUUUCAUAACAAUAAUCUAAAUCUUCUCCUCUUUGGUGUGUUCCCUCUUCUUGUUCGCUUGUCGGUAACAACCACCAUAGCCAGUUCGCCGAUUCUCGACGUUUCUUCGCUAAAUCGAAGCAGUUUUCCGGCAGGUUUCGUCUUUGGAACUGCCACUUCUUCCUAUCAGGUUGAGGGUGCUUGGAAUGAAGAUGGUAAAGGAGCAAGUACAUGGGACAACUUAACUCAUAGUCAUCCAGAACAAAUAGAAGAUAGAAGCACUGGGGAUAUAGCUAUUGAUCACUAUCAUCGCUAUAAGGAGGAUAUUAAGAUCAUGAAGGAUAUGAACACCGAUGCUUAUAGAUUCUCCAUUUCUUGGGCAAGAAUAUUACCAAAAGGGAAAGUUAGUGGGGGUAUAAAUCAAGAAGGCAUCGCUCAUUACAACAAACUUAUCAACGAGCUACUAGCCAAUGGAAUGCAACCAUUUGUAACCCUUUUUCAUUGGGAUCUUCCACAAGCCUUGCAAGAUGAGUACAAGGGCUUUAACAGCCCUAAUAUUACAAAGGAUUUUGAAGAGUAUGCAGAUAUCUGUUUCAAAAAUUUUGGAGAGAGAGUGAAGCAUUGGAUUACUCUGAAUGAGCCAUGGACUUAUAGCAUGAGAAUGGAACAACCUUACAUGUCUUCACACUACCAACUCCUUGCUCAUGCUGCUGCAGUUAAACUUUAUAAAACAAAAUAUCAGGCUAGUCAAAAAGGCUUGAUAGGCAUCACCUUGAAUUCUAAUUGGUUCAUACCGUUCUCAAACAAAACCAUAGAUGAAAAAGCUGCCCAACGAGCUCUUGAUUUUCAAUUUGGAUGGUUUAUGGAUCCACUAACAAAAGGAGAUUAUCCAAAAUCCAUGAGAACUUAUGUAGGAAACAGGCUACCAAAAUUCACUGAAGAGGAAGCAAAGAUACUUAUUGGUUCAUAUGAUUUCAUUGGAAUAAAUUACUACACUUCUAAUUAUGCUGCCCAUUUAACCAAACCAUUUGACAGAACCAAACCUCCUAUGUAUGCCACUGAUCCCCAAUGCGAUAUAACAUCUGAGCGUGAUGGUAGACCCAUUGGACAAAGGGCUGCUUCACAUUGGCUAUAUGUAUAUCCAAAGGGAAUUGAAAAGCUAUUGUUGUACACAAUGGAAAAGUAUAACAACCCUUUAAUUUACAUCACAGAAAAUGGUAUGGAUGAGUUUAAUGAUCCAACACUAACAGUUGAAGAGGCCCUUAUGGAUACUUACAGAAUUGAUUAUUACUAUCGCCAUCUUUAUCAUGUUUUACAAGCAAUCAAGGGUGGUGCGAAUGUAAAAGGGUAUUUUGCAUGGACAUUUUCGGAUAACUUUGAAUGGAACAGUGGCUAUAAUCAGCGUUUUGGACUUGUCUUCAUUGACUACAAAGAUAAUUUGAAAAGACACCAAAAGCUUUCUGCUCGUUGGUUUGGGAACUUCCUCAAAAGAAAUUGA